GCGGCGCGGGGGCGGCCUACGGGCGGUCGCAAGCGGGCGGAGCAGACGAGGGAUUUGAAGGGCGCUGCAGGCGACAGCGCGGGCUUGGCGGCUGCCUGGUCCCAGCAAGGGUGCAGUCCCAGGACGUGCACGGCAGAGCAGGGGAACAAGCCACAGUCCUCUGGCUGGAAGACUGAGAAUGCAUUCCUCACUCUUAGCUGGUGAAGAAUGGGGGAGCUGGAAGGAACCUACCGCGUCCUGCAGAUCCCAGGGACACGCCUAGGCGCCCAGACCCCCGCGGGCGUCAGCACCCUCGAGCCUGGGCAGGGCCCCUCGGCAGCAGCGGCGUGGCCAGCAGCCAGGACGCCCAUCCGAGUGCAGCUGCUGGACAGCUCCGUCGAGGUGUUUGACGUUGAGCCUAAAUGCUAUGGCCAGGUGUUACUGACCCAGGUGUGGAAGCGCCUGAAUCUGAUAGAAUGUGACUACUUCGGCUUGGAGUUUCAAAACGUCCAGUCCUGCUGGAUCUGGCUUGAACCUAUGAAACCCAUCGUUAGACAAGUACGAAGGCCAAAGAAUACAGUGCUUCGCCUAGCAGUGAAAUUUUUCCCACCUGAUCCGGGUCAGUUGCAAGAAGAAUAUACACGAUACUUGUUUGCCCUGCAACUUAAGAGAGACCUUCUGGAGGAGCGUCUGACCUGCACGGACACCACGGCUGCCCUCCUGGCGUCCCACCUCCUGCAGGCGGAAAUAGGAGAUUACGAAGAGGCGCUGGUCCGGGAGCACCUGCGGGCCCACGAGUACCUGCCGGGCCAGGAGCGGGCCCUGGAGCGGAUCCUGGAGCUCCAUCGGGGGCACGCGGGCCAGACGCCUGCCGAGUCGGAUUUCCAGGUGCUGGAAAUUGCCCGGAAGCUGGAAAUGUACGGCAUCAGGUUUCACACGGCCUCUGACAGGGAGGGGGCCAAGAUCAACCUGGCCGUUUCCCACAUGGGCGUCCUCGUCUUCCAGUCGUGUGCACGCGUCAGGUUACAGAUGUUCCUCAACGAACGUCUGUGUCCUGAAUUCCAGAGCAGCACCAAGAUCAACACUUUCAACUGGUCCAGGCUCCGGAAGCUCAGCUUUAAGAGGAAGAGGUUUCUUAUCAAACUCCACCCAGAGGUCCAUGGGCCUUACCAGGACACCCUGGAAUUCGUGCUGGGGAGUAGGGACGCGUGUAAGAACUUCUGGAAGACGUGUGUAGAGUAUCACACCUUUUUCAGACUUGCUGAUCAGCCGAAGCCCAGAGCUAGAGCCAUCCUCUUCAGCAGAGGUUCCUCCUUCAGAUACAGUGGAAGAACUCAGAAGCAACUAGUGGAUUAUGUCAAAGACGGUGGGAUGAAGAGGAUUCCGUAUGAAAGAAAACACAGCAAGACCCAGAUGUCUCUCCGCGCCCUAAAUGCCAACUUGCCGAGGCAGAGCGUCUUGUUCACCGAGGGCACGAGGACUCCCGCGUCCCCGUCUUCAACAAGUGCCUCCUUCUGUUCGGGCCCCGCCUCCCCUCCAGCCCCCGUGGGCCUGCUCGGUUCCAAGGACGGCAGCGGCUCCCCGACGGGGCCCCCGGCUCCCAGCGCCAGGUGGCCAGCUGCAGAGAGGAGCGGCGUGGCCGCGGCCCCGCCCCCCGGGCCGCCUGCUUUCCAGCCUUGCCAAGGCCUUUCCGUGGAGAGUCCUCAGCUUCCCUCCACCCGGAAGACCCCACCGAGCCUGAGCCCACUGGGCCCAGCCGAGCAGGGCUCCUCUCCCCUGCUGAGCCCCGUCCUCAGCGACGCUGGCGGAGCCGGGACGGACGACCAGGAGGAGCUGAGACACAAGUGUGCGCCCGCGGACGAGGCCUACUUCAUAGCAAAGGAGAUUCUUGCUACAGAGCGAACAUACCUGAAGGAUUUAGAAGUUAUUACCGUGUGGUUCCGGAGCGCUGUGGUCAAGGCGGACGCCAUGCCUGCGGACCUGAUGACCCUGCUCUUCUCCAACAUCGACCCCAUCUAUGAGUUCCACAGCGGCUUCCUGCGCGAGGUGGAGCAGAGGCUGGCGCUCUGGGAGGGGUCUUCCAGUGCCCAGGCCACAGGCGACCACCGACGCAUCGGGGACGUCCUGCUCAGCAACAUGCUUCAGCUAAAGACGCUCACCCGCCACUUCCAGAGGCUCCACGAGGUCCUGACGGAGCUGGAAGCGGCAAGCAGGCGCCUGCGGAGGCUGGAGGCGCUGCGCCGGGACUUCGAGCUGCAGAAAGUCUGCUACCUGCCGCUGAACGCCUUCCUGCUGAAGCCGCUGCAGCGCCUGCGCCACUACCGGCUGCUGCUGCGCCGCCUGUGCGCCUCCGACCGCCAGAACCCCGACCGCGGCGACCAGGACCGCGCCGACCGCCGCGAAGCCCUCAAGGCCAUCACGGAGGUGACCUCCACACUCCAGCACAGCCUCGUCCGGCUGGAGAACCUCCAGAAGCUGAUGGAGCUGCAGCGGGACUUGGUCGGCAUAGAGAACCUUAUUGCUCCCGGCAGGGAGUUUAUCCGCGAGGGCUGCCUCCACAAGCUCACCAGGAAGGGCCUGCAGCAGAGGAUGUUCUUUCUGUUCUCAGACAUGCUGCUGUACACAGGCAGAGGUGCCUCAGGGACCAGCCGCUUCCGGAUCCGGGGACUCCUUCCGCUGCGUGGCAUGCUGGUGGAAGAACGUGAGAAUGAGUGGUCUGUCCCGCACUGUUUCACCAUCUACGCCGCUCAGAAGACAGUCGUGGUGGCAGCCAGCACCCAGCUGGAGAAGGAAAAGUGGAUGAGGGACCUGAACGCUGCCAUCAAUGCAGCCAAGAGCAGCGCCGACACGGCCCUGGCACCGCUGGGCAGCGUGCUGUGCCCCCUUCCCCGCAGGCCCUCCGACGAGGUCUCUCUGGAGGAGUCGGAAGACGACGCUCGCAGGGCCCGCUGCUCCUCAGGUGGGCCGGGCCAGCACCGGGCCAGCACUGCCAUGCACGUGUGCUGGGACCGCACCACCAGCAUCUCCAGAGCCGACCACAGCGCGGCCGUCGAGAACCAGCUCUCGGGAUACCUGCUGAGGAAGUUCAAGAACAGUAGCGGCUGGCAGAAGCUGUGGGUGGUCUUCACCAAUUUCUGUUUGUUCUUCUACAAAACUCACCAGGAUGACUGCCCCCUGGCCAGCCUCCCGCUGCUGGGCUACAGCGUGAGCCUCCCCGGGGAGGCCGACGGCAUCCACAAGGAGCACGUCUUCAAGCUCCAGUUCAAGUCCCACGUUUACUUCUUCCGGGCUGAGAGCAAAUACACGUUAGGGAGGUGGAUGGAGGUGAUCAAGAGCGCCAGCACCUCACCAGGGAGGGCCGGGACCUCCGAGGACGAGGCGUGAAGCCCACCCUGCCCGGCUGAGGACAGACCCGAGCAAGCAGAGCAGCACGUGCCCACGACUGCGCGUCCCGUGUCCCCCCUCCAGACUGGCAGUGGAUGGGCCUCACUCACAGGGACACCUGGGAGGGGCACAGUCCCCUCAAGACCCAGUCACUCCCUUGGCCCCGUGGGGCAGCGGGACGAACACACAUGUGCGUGGAAAUGGGCCCGGCUCCAUGCACUGCCGAGGCUGGUGCCCACCUGCCCUCUCUGCGCCUCCAGAGCAGGACCCUGCCCUUCAGGCUGGGUGAAACGGGGGGUGGGACAGGGCCCCUGGGUCACAGCCACAUGGAAGUCCAGCAGAAACCACUCUGCCGCCCACCCCACAGACCUCUGCAAAGUGGAAAGCAAAGUCCCCGUAAUUUAUCAGCCCCCAGGAGGUGUGCUGUGCUAACCUGCGUGUGGUUAAAAAUAAAGGGCAUCUCCUGUA